GAGCCACUGACCAGCAUAUGCAUAAAACAUUAAAUCGGGCUUGUCAUACACACUUUCUGAGAGUUUGAUUCUACCAGCGAUCCCAUUCACUCAUACAAAUUCAAUACAACUGUGUUGCCAUCUCCUGGCUGUCCGAGACAUCAGCCCUCAAUAGCCUGCCAUGCAGAUAGACAGCCGAUCUCUUCGCUCGCAAUCUCCGAUAUCCCAUCUCCCAAACGAGAUUCUCACUCAUAUCUUCUUCUUCCUGCGAUUGGACACCCGACGCAAACAUGAAGAUUGGUCUAGAUUGACAGUUACGCAUGUUUGUCGACUUUGGAGAGAGGUGGCCCUUUGUUGCUCACACCUCUGGUCUGAGGUCACGUCUAUCCGACACCUUGACGCUAUACAAGAACUAGUUCACCGAGCGAAGAAUACAGAACUCACUAUUGACAUUGACGAAACGUUUGCGAAAACAGAUAGUGUUCUGGAUGCAUUGUUGCCACAUGUUGGUCACACUGCAACGCUGAAGCUCGAUCCUGGCAGCUCCCGUGAGCUCUCCCGUGAUUUGCAGUGGUACGACUCUCUCUUGACGUCGAAGCCCGCUCCGGUUCUACAAACGCUCGAAUUGGGCUCCAAUCGGAACGCCUACAAGGUCCCCUCGGAUAUCUUUUUGGGUAUCACUCCACAUUUGCGGUCGCUCUCUUUAAAUCACUGCCUCGUGGAUUUUUCAUCACCUCUAUUUCAAUGCGAGCUCAGACAUUUAACGUUACUCGAAACUCCGACCGUUGAUGGAAGUAAUCUCAUGCC